CAGCUUGCCUGCUCGUGCUCCGGGGCUCAGAUCAGCAGUUGGCUCGGGCAGGACAGCCGAGCCCGAACGCUCCUCGCGCGCGGGGAUGUGCCGUCUCGCGCUGACGUGUGGAAAGGUGUCACCGCGCGCGCCUCGUGCCCUCAGAUCGACACGUUGAAUGUCUGAUGUUGUUUGAGCAGAGGAGUGAGUGUUCAGUGUGACAGGUUCAAGUUUGGAGAAGUGGAUCUGACCUCGGAGCUGCGCCGCAGGACUCCCUUCUCACCUGCGCGCGCGCUGGGGGGGACUCCAUGAAGUCCAUGUUUUGGACGAUCACGAGCACCUGAAGUGAAAGUGCAGGAUGACACGAGGGCAGGUGGACAGCAUCACGUUACCGUUUGUGGCGUGAUUUCCAGGGUUCCACCAUGGAGGAGAAGUUCAACCGACUCAUCUUCAUUCCCAUCGCGGCGGUGCUCUUCUUAAUGAUCGGCUACCAGUAUGUGUGCCCGGCGGACAGCAACACCUGCUACUUCCGAAGUGACGACAAGGGGCUUUUCCAGCGGUACUCGUCCGGGUUUGAGUUAGUUUACACGGAGCAGGAGACGGACGAGGACCUUCCCUCCAAAAUAACAUCCAGAUUUAACUUCACGGAGCGCGAUCUGGACCGGCACGUCGACUUCAACAUCCGAGGAGAUGAUGUGAUGGUGUUCCUGCACAUCCAGAAGACCGGCGGGACCACGUUUGGGCGGCACCUGGUCAAGAAUAUCCAGCUGGAGCAGCCGUGCGACUGUUUGCCCGGCCAGAGGAAAUGCACCUGUCACCGGCCCGGUAAAGCCGAGUCGUGGCUCUUCUCCCGGUUCUCCACGGGCUGGAGUUGCGGUUUGCACGCGGACUGGACCGAGCUCACGAGCUGCGUGCCCGUGGUGAUGAACAAGAGGGACAAAAAGAGCGCGCCGAAGAGCAAGAGGAAUUUCUACUACAUCACCAUGCUACGCGACCCUGUGUCACGCUACCUCAGUGAGUGGAAGCACGUGCAGCGCGGGGCCACUUGGAAAACCGCCCUCCACAUGUGCGACGGCCGCCCACCCACUCAGGACGAGCUCCCCGCCUGCUACAGCGGCGAAGACUGGACCGGCGUGCCCCUGGCGGACUUCAUGACCUGCCCUUCUAACCUCGCCAACAACCGGCAGGUCCGCAUGCUGGCCGACCUCAGCCUGGUGGGCUGCUACAACAUGUCCUCCGUUAGCGAGCUGGAGCGAGGCCGCGUGCUGCUCGCCAGCGCCAAGGCCAACCUGCGCAACAUGGCUUUCUACGGCCUGACGGAGUUCCAGCGCAAGACGCAGUACCUGUUCGAGCGGACGUUCGGCCUGCGCUUCAUCCGGGCCUUCACGCAGAUCAACAGCACGCGCGCCGCCAGCGUCGGAAUCAGCGAGAAGGUGCGGUGGCGAAUCGAGGGGCUGAACGCCCUUGACGUGGAGCUGUACGAGUACGCCAAGGAGCUGUUCCUGCGGCGCUACCAGUACAACCGGCAGAAGCAGCACCAGGAGGAGCGACUGAGGAGGUGGCAGGAGAGGCAGCAGAGGCAGCUGCUGCACAGGACAUAUCUGGCUCAGCUGUGGAGACUAGGAGGCGGAGGAGGAGGAGGAGGGGAGGAGGAGAAAGAGGAGGAGGUGAAGGUGCUACAGGAGGUAGCCACUACAGAGGACUACAGCAGCCAGGUGGUGCGGUGGUGAGGAGACUACAGGGACUAAAAAACACCAAUGCUCUGACUGAUCGCUGUUGCUUUACUCCCCUCCCUCCCUACCUCCGUCUCGCUCUGUCUCUCUGCUGUGAAUCUGCCAAAAACCUCCCGCCCUCAUCGCCUCAUAGCGCUUCGUCGGACUGCCGAAAAGGUGUCUUAAUAUUUAUGAUGGAUGUAAUUGUCAUGGCAGCAUAAACAUUUUGUAUUUGUUCUUUUUCUUAUGGCUAUUUUUUGGCACCGCAAUUGUGAAUUGUAUUUAUUUAUUUAUUUACUCAUUAGCAAGUGCUUUGAAUGUUCUCAAAGCGGUGGAACUGUUUCUUAAAAAUUCGCUGAUAAUUAGUAAAAGUGAAGAAAAUAAUAAUGUAACGCUUCACGAGGGAGGCCGGUUUUAGUCUAUUUUAAAAAUGGUGAACGAAUCGAAGGAUCCUUCUUUGUGUCAUGUUUGUGAUCUAGCGCCGUGUUGAUCAGUGAAAUCUUGUAGUUACUCUGUGGUGUUUGGCUUCAUAAGAAUAUCAAAGCACAAACCUGGCAAUAGUCUGCAGUGUGUGUUUCUUUCUUUUUCCGACUGAUUAAGCUGCAAUAUACAAAAAAACAAUCAUUUUCUCGCAGGAAAUGUGUUCAAUAAAAAAAAAAGAAAAAAAAAAGCAGCAUCCAGUGAUGUAAAUUUGUCCCUGAUGGACUCUCUCUGGUACGCAUGUGUACAUGGACGUGUUCUUGCCUUGCUCCCUUUUUCACAGCAUGUUCUCACCAUAAAAAUCUGAAAUCUUCAUGCGGUGUGCCAACUUCUUCCACAUCCACGCACAUACAGACACACUGACGCACAUUUUUAAAAUUUUUUUUUCAUUCCUCGAGAAGGAGAGAGAGGCUUGCAAGGCCUGAAAGACAGGCUGUCAGAGCCCCUUUCGGCGCACUUACAUCACAAAAGAGAGAACAUUGGUAUUUCCACCAUUAGCUCAUUGAUCACAAGCUCUUCGCUUGCAAAUUGAUCAUUCAGAGUUCAAUUGACCGUGACGCUGGCGCAGCAGAAAAUAGAGAGAGAGAGAAAAAAAAAAACACAGUAGGUCACUCAAUGUUUUUUUUCCCCCCUCCAUAAUCUGACAAACAUACAAAACUCAGCUCGACUGACGUUCCCAUUUGCACUCCCGAGUAAGAAAAACAAUCUAUUUCGACGCAUUUCUGCACACACACAGGCCGGCGAGACGCGAGGAAUGAUUGCUUUAUAUUAAUAUCCUGUGGCUGUAAUAAAAACUUCCCGAACACGCAGACGUUUUUUGUUCAUGAGAAGGAAAAUGAGGAUGAGAGGGGAGAUCAGUCAGGAGGCAGAGAAGGAAAUGGCUAUGUCCACGGACGAAAAUAGCCUUUCCAUCCCCAGCCGCAGUCUCUAUUCUACUUGCACAGCGUGGAGCAGAGGAAGAUUAGAAUUAUAUAAGCCUGUGAUAAUGAUGC